UUUUUGCCAACUGUUUGAUUUAUGAAUUGCUUCUGCAAAUAAUUGGCAAUAAGAAAUGUUAUCACUUUAUCUUCCCAAUUUGUUCUUGUGAAGUUACUACAUUAAUAAACUUCAGUUUCUUGUUUUACCUCAUCUCGGAAUCAGCUCUUUGACAUAAGUGUAGAGCUCUCUGUAUAAAAAGUUUUGAUCUUUUUUUUUGGUUUUCAGGAAUGUAUCUUGGAGUGAAGAAGAUGGUGCAGAAGAAGUUGGCUGUUCUUUACCAUUAUCCUUGCCAUGACGGUGUUUUCGCCGCUUUAGCUGCUCAUCUCUACUUCUCAGCAAAGUCAAUCCCUUCAUUGUUCUUCCCCAACACAGUCUAUUCUCCAAUCACAAUCAACCAACUUCCACUUCAAGAAAUCAGUCAUCUUUAUCUUCUUGAUUUCACUGGACCUCCUGGUUUUGUUUACCAAGUCUCUCCUAAAGUCGACAAUGUGGUGAUCCUCGAUCAUCAUAAAACCGCUAUUGAGAGUCUAGGUGAUGUCUCUUUGACUUGCAAGAACGUUACUAGUCUUUUGGAUAUAGAGAGAAGUGGUGCGACUAUUGCGUUUGAUUAUUUUACUCAGAAGUUGGUUGAAGAAUGUAGAGGAAGUUGCAAGGAGAUGGAUGAUUUUAAGAGAAUGAGACGUGUUUUCGAGUAUAUUGAAGAUGCGGAUAUAUGGAAGUGGGAGUUACCAGAGAGUAAAGCAUUUAACAGUGGAAUCUUGGACUUGAAGAUUGAAUACGACUUUAAUCAGAAUCAAUCAUUGUUUGAUCAGCUACUCUCUUUGGAUCAUGAAAGUGUGAUCAACAGAGGAAAACAGAGUUUGUCUAAGAAACAUAAACGGAUUCACGAGGCGUUGGAACAGUCUUAUGAGAUUGUUCUUGGAGGUGACGAAGAGUUUGGACGGUGUUUAGCUGUAAAUGCAGAUGAGAUUGCAGAGCUUAGAAGCGAAUUAGGUAAUCAAUUGGCUGCAAAGAGCAAGAAUCUGAAUUUACGAGGUGUUGGAGCUGUUGUUUACAGAGUUCCUGAGCUUGGGGAUGAAAACAAACUGAAAAUAAGUUUGAGGAGUGUUGCAGAAGAAGAUACAACACCGGUUUCUCAGAGAUUCGGAGGUGGUGGUCAUAAAAACGCAAGCUCCUUCUUGUUAAACUCCAUGGAGUUCGAACAAUGGAAGCCUGCAGGACUAAUGGGAACAUCACCAAGUUGAAAGUUCCACAAGACAGUACAAGUCAGAUUGGCAAAUUAGCUCCAUGGAUUUCAUACUGA